AUGGAGAUUGUUUGGUUCUCAGUUUCCUUGUCCGAGCGCUCGAGUCCAAUCAGCCUGAUCUCUACGGCGCAGCAGCAGAUGCGAAGCAAGAAGAGAACAACGCCUGUCGUACCUAUCGAAAAAUCGGAAAUUGAGGAUCCACUGUGUAAAGACAAUUGGCGUGCGAUAGUUGGCGGCGGAGCCGAUGUUCGGAUUCGAUAUCUGGAGAAUCAACGAGCGUUUGGGCUGGAUAGACACGUGGUUGAUCGUCUGUCUCAAAACAGCGUAGAAGUGGCAAUCAGCCGUAAGGAGCCGAGUGCGACGCUGGCAGGAAACUUGCAGACAUGCUUAAACUUUCACGAUGUGCAGGCAGAGUUGAUCGACGAGUCGCAGCGGGGAAGGCGAUCGCUCAUGGUCGGCCAAACUCGAAGGGGUCCGCCGAUAGGCCCAGGUACCAGGUGA